GGUGAAAAGCCGUUUUCAUGUGUGAACUGUGGAAAAAGUUUUAGUCAAAAACGGGAUUUAACUCGGCACAUGAUGAUUCAUACUGGUGAAAAGCCGUUUUCAUGUGUGAACUGUAGAAAAAGUUUUAGUCGAAAACAGCAUUUAACUGAGCACAUGAUGAUACACACUGGUGAAAAGCCGUUUUCAUGUGUGAACUGUGAAAAAAGUUUUAGUCGAAAACAGCAUUUAACUCAGCACAUGAUGAUUCACACUGGUGAAAAGCCGUUUUCAUGUGUGAACUGUAGAAAAAGUUUUAGUCGAAAACAGCAUUUAACUGAGCAUAUGAUGAUUCACACAGGUGAAAAGCCGUUUUCAUGUGUGAACUGUGGUAAAAGUUUUAGUCACAAACAGCAUUUAACUCAGCACAUGAUGAUUCACACUGGUGAAAAGCCGUUUUCAUGUGUGAACUGUGGAAAAAGUUUUAGUCAAAAACAGAGUUUAACUGAGCACAUGAUGAUUCACACUGGUGAAAAGCCGUUUUCAUGUGUGAACUGUGGAAAAAGUUUUAGUCGAAAACAGCAUUUGACUCUGCACAUGAUGAUUCACACUGGUGAAAAGCCGUUUUCAUGUGUGACCUGUGGAAAAAGUUUUAGUCAAAAACAGCAGUUAACUGAGCACAUGAUGAUUCACACUGGUGAAAAGCCGUUUUCAUGUGUGAACUGUGGAAAAAGUUUUUGUCAAAAACAGGACUUAAGUAAGCACAUGAUGAUUCAUACUGGUGAAAAGCCGUUUUCAUGUGUGAACUGUGGAAAAAGUUUUAGUCAAAAACAGGUUUUAACUCGGCACAUGAAGAUUCACACUGGUGAAAAGCCGUUUUCAUGUGUGACCUGUGGAAAAAGUUUUUGUCAAAAAGGUAAUUUAUCUCAGCACAUGAAGAUUCACACUGGUGAAAAGCCGUUUUCAUGUGUGAACUGUGGAAAAAGUUUUUGUCAAAAACAGGACUUAAGUAAGCACAUGUUGAUUCAUACUGGUGAAAAGCCG